UGUUAUAACUUCAAGAAGAUCGAAGUGGUGCCCACAGCGAAAGACUUCGUGGACAUCAUCCUCUCGAAGACUCAGCGCAAAACCCCGACAGUUGUCCACAAGCAGUAUAAAAUCACUCGAAUUAGGAGCUUUUACAUGCGCAAGGUGAAAUUCACCCAACAAAAUUUCCAUGACAAGCUGAGCAAAAUCGUAUCGGAUUUCCCCAAGCUCGAAGAUAUCCAUCCUUUCUACGCGGAUCUGAUGAACGUUCUCUACGACAGAGAUCACUACAAGUUAUCUUUGGGUCAGAUCAAUCAAGCCCUGCAUCUCAUCGAUAAGGUCUCCCGGGACUAUGUGCGUCUGCUCAAAUAUGCAGAUUCGCUGUUCAGAUGCAAGCGACUCAAGAAAGCCGCACUCGGACGUAUGGCAACCAUCAUGCGACGUCAGGCCCAGUCGCUGCUCUAUCUCGAACAAGUCCGUCAGCAUCUUUCCCGUCUGCCAUCCAUCGACCCCAACACGAGGACCUUACUGCUGUGUGGAUAUCCGAACGUAGGGAAAUCAUCGUUCAUCACUUGUGUCACGAGAGCAGAUGUCGAGGUUCAACCGUUCGCUUUCACGACGAAGUCUCUGUACGUUGGUCAUACGGAUUACGAGUACAUGAAAUGGCAAGUGAUCGAUACCCCUGGAAUCUUGGAUCAUCCCCUCGAGGAACGAAACACCAUCGAGAUGCAAGCUGUCACCGCCCUGGCACAUCUGAGAGCUUGCGUGCUCUUCGUCCUCGACCCCUCGGAGCAAUGUGGGAAUUCCCUCGAGAGUCAGAUCUCUUUGCUGAAGAGUUUGAAACCUCUCUUCGCAAAUAAACCGUUGCUUGUCCUCUGUAACAAGAUCGACGCCCUACCCCCAUCUGAUUACGACGAGGAGAAGAAAAAACUCAUCGAAGAGUUGCAGAGCGAGUCGAACCUUGAAGUUUUGUUCAUGAGCACGGCAACGCAAGAAGGCUUUUUCGACGUGAGGAACAAGGCGUGUUCCAUGCUUCGAGCGAGCAAGGUUGAGGCCAAGCUGAAGAACCGAAAAGUGGAAGGCAUCCUGAACAGACUCCACGUCGCUUAUCCUGAACCCCGCGACGGGAAGGAGAGGCUCCCCUGCAUACCUGAUUCCGUGAAAAACAAGAUGGACGUCUCGAAAAAAAACCGGCUUUCG